CGGGGCAAUAAAAAUCAGAAACAGAAGGACAAAGGCAAUAGUAUUUUCUUCUCGAUUCCCUUGAAGGGGUUGUUAGGUUGUGGCCCUUGUGGGGUGUGGUAAUCAAUAACCCGUUUGGGAGGCGUCACUGCCUUGCCUUACUCUAACACCCUCCAUUCAAUUGGGAGGUUUCUGGGUUUGAUCCCCAUUACUGGAUUAAGUUUUUUGGGUCAUUUGGGAAAGGGGAAGAAGGAGAACAAUGGAGAGCUCAUCGGAAUUGGUGGCCUUCCCUUUGCUAUUGACUCCGAUCGAAUCCAACUACAGGGCAUGCACUAUUCCCUAUAGAUUCCCCUCUGAUAAUCCCCGGAAGGCAACCCCUACUGAGCUUUCCUGGAUUGAUCUUUUCCUCAAUUCCAUCCCCUCUUUCAGGAAACGAGCAGAGAGUGAUGGAACUGUUGCUGAUGCUAAUGUUAAAGCUGAAAAAUUUGCUCAAAGGUACUCCGAAAUACUAGAGGACCUUAAGAAGGACCCUGAAAGUCAUGGUGGGCCACCUGAUUGCGUUCUUCUCUGCAGGCUUCGCGAACAAGUUCUUAGAGAAUUGGGAUUCAGAGAUAUAUUCAAGAAAGUUAAGGAUGAAGAGAACGCUAAGGCUAUAUCCCUAUUUGAGAAUGUUGUUCAUCUUAAUGAUGCCAUUGAAGAUGAAAGCAAGCGUUUGGAGAAUCUGGUUAGAGGGAUUUUUGCGGGGAACAUAUUUGAUCUUGGUUCUGCUCAGCUUGCAGAGGUUUUCUCAAAGGAUGGGAUGUCCUUUCUGGCUAGUUGUCAGAACCUUGUCCCUCGACCUUGGGUUAUUGAUGAUUUGGACUCUUUUAAACUGAAAUGGACUAGAAAAUCUUGGAAAAAGGUAAUAAUUUUUGUUGAUAAUUCUGGUGCGGACAUCAUUUUGGGUAUUUUGCCGUUUGCAAGAGAGUUACUCCGAUGUGGGUCACAGGUUGUCUUGGCAGCUAACGAUUUACCUUCAAUCAAUGAUGUAACUUACCCUGAACUAAUUGAGAUAAUAGCAAAGUUGAAGGAUGAAAAUGGGCAGCUGGUGGGUGUUGAUACUUCUAAUCUUUUGAUUGCCAAUUCUGGUAAUGAUUUACCGGUUAUUGAUCUUACAAGAAUAUCGCAAGAGCUUGCCUACCUGGCUAGUGAUGCUGACCUUGUCAUAUUGGAAGGAAUGGGUCGUGGAAUAGAGACAAACCUUUAUGCUCAAUUUAAGUGUGAUUCACUCAAAAUUGGAAUGGUGAAGCAUCAAGAGGUUGCCCAGUUCCUUGGAGGGCGGCUUUAUGACUGUGUCUUCAAAUACAAUGAAGUUUUGAGUUAAUGUCAAUUCUUACUACUAUUUUUUAUCGAAUUGAUUUAUAUCGGAGCCUUCAACCCAUGUAGCACAAGGUAUUUUAUCCUUGUGGAACUUAUGUCUUAUGCUGAAGUUUUAGUAUCAAUAAAUUAAAGAAAAUGCUGAAAAACUCCUUACAUACAUAAGAAGAGCUGCUCCAUCUGAUUGUUUUUA